UUCGGACUGUUUAUAGAGGAGGACAUGAGCUGAUUUGCAUGUCUUCCUUUUUCUGCUCUGCAAAACUAAAACAUCCACAAGACAAACUUUUCUAACAGUGUGAAGGUGCAGAGUUAUAUUUUUGUCAACGAUGAUUGUGAAAUAUGGCCGAGGACGAACUUGAUGCGUUCAGGAAGCGUUGGAAACAAGAGUUAACGAGUAAACAAGAGGAGCAGUGUUGUGUUUCAUCCCCUUCCUGUGAUUUCCCUGCUCGUUCAGGUCAGAAAGACUUUAAAAACAGGUAUUUUGAAGACCCAAAACAAAAUGUCAACAAGGCCAGUAGUGUCUCAAACCCAAAAGAGGAUGCAGGAGGAGGGAAAGCUGCAGCAGAGUCAGAGGAUCAGCCCCAGUAUGUGUCCAUUGCACGUAGUUUGUUGGAUGGGAGGACCAGUCCUCUGCUGGACAGGAUCCAGGAGGAGAGGACCAGGAGAAAGAGGCAGUAUCAUGACAGGAACAAUGUGUGCAGUGCAUCCCUGCAGCAGCCUCACAGGAAGGUCAAGAAAAAUGAAGAGCUGCUGGAUCAACUCAUUCAGGAUCUGAAUGAAGUCAACGACAUUCCCUUUUUUGAUAUCGAGUUGCCGUACGAGUUGGCCUUGAAGAUUUUCCAAUACCUCAACUGUACGGAGUUAGGCCGAUGUGCACAGGUGAGCAGGGCAUGGAGAGUCCUUGCAGAGGACGGCGUUCUGUGGUUCAAGAUGUGCACGAGAGAGGGUUAUCAUCAGGAUGCCAGCGUGUCUGACUCCCCCUGCUGGAAGAGCACACUGCGAGACUGCAGGAAUUCAGCCAAAACUGUGUGCUCCAACUGGAAGAACCGAGUGGGGUCCAUCAGCCAGCUGCAGUACGAGCUGGGGAAAGUGCUGUGUGAUGUCAGCUCCUGUGACAACUUUGUCUUGGCUGGGUACACGUCUGGUGAUGUGAGGCUGUGGGAUACGCUGCACUGGGACUCGACAUCCUCUUACCUGAAAGCUAACAGCCUGUCAGUUAACUCUGACCCCAGACCUUACGCUAGUCAUGUCCAGGUCAACAGCACAGUGGCUGCCGCUGCUUAUGAAGAUGGCUGCGUGGACAUUUGGAGCACAGAGACAGGUGGAGAGCCGAUCCAUCACUUCCAGAACCCAGGGAGGAUCCAGGUGCUGACCCUUAGCCCUGAUAGCCCUGUCCUGGCCUCAGCUGCCGGGCCUGACAUUCGCCUGGACCGUGCUGAUGAUCGAGGCUACUGGAGGACCCUCUGCCGUUCUCAGCUACCCAAGAUUGUAGAAAACCUGGUUUUGGUGCCUGGCAGGGCGGAGCUGUGCCCACUGGCGGCUCUGACAGCUGGAGAGAGCGUGUACCUGUUGGACCCUCGGGAAGAGGAGCCACAGACGCUCCACUCAGUCUACGGUCAUCCUGUGACCUGCCUCGAUGCCUCUGACUCCCAAGUUGCACUUGGAGUGAAGAGCACGGGCUGGGCCAUGCACGGUGGAGGAAACAAGAUCCACGUCUACAGCCUACAGACGGGCAAACCUGUGGUUUGUGUCGGCAACUCGCCAGGAGAUUUCACUUGCAUCAACCUGAGAGACAGCCCUCCUCAUCUGCUGGUGUGUGGAAACAAAGACAGGAGGGUGAGGGUGUUUGACCUAAGAGCCGGCUCUUCUGUGGCAUCCUUAUACGCCCACCACCUGGGUGUCACCUCAGUGCAGGCGAAUGACUGGAAGAUUGUGAGCGGCGGAGAAGAAGGACUGGUGUGCGUGUGGGAGAUGAGGAUGGGAGCGAAGCUGUGGGAGAUGCACAACAGGCAUCCUGUAAGGCAUGUACGCUUCAACACCAGCACACUAGUAACAGCCAACAUCCCUGAUGACAAGUCACCGCGGGGGGCCUGCAUCACAGACGAUGACCUUACAGCUCACCGCAGACACCGGGGAGUGAUCUGCCAUUAUGACUUCUCUGAGGACGCGUUGUCACAGGAUCACAUCCUGCCCAUCUGCAGGUCCGACUACACCGAGUCAUAUGGCUACAACUACAACAUUGGCCUGGCGGUGCCUUACGACAGGCUGUCUGGCUCCCAUCCAUCCCACUGAUAUGCAGUUCUCCAAACUACAGCUGGGAUUAAUGUGUAACUGAAUGCACAAUAGAAUCAAUUUAAUUCUCCAAACUGUAUUCUUUUAUUGUAUUAUUUGCCUUUUAUCAUCCCAGUCAAAUCAUACUUUUUAAUGUAUAUAUGUGUAACUGUGUUGCAUAGGUAUGUGAUGUACAAU